AUGUUUGGGCGCGGUGGUGUGGACACGAACAAGGUAGGUCUGGACUUGGCACCUGUCAUUGAUGGUUAUUUUUUGCCGAAACCAAUUGCUGAACUAAGAAAAGAAACGCCGGUCAAGAGUUGUAUGGUUGGAGCUUGCCAACAUGAAAGUCUUGUUUUCGCGGCUCUGCUGCCAAGCGCAUUUACGGCGCGCGGGAUGGACAAGUUGUUGAGAACUUACAUUCCGGAGGACAAGUAUCCCAACUGCGAACAGCUGAGAGACAAAGCUAGGGAGUACUAUUUAAAUGAUGUGGACACAGCGAACAAACUCUCCGUUGCUAAAGCAUAUGAUAAGAAGUCGGCACAAAUCAUUCGCACUGCUGCUUUUGUUGCUUUUCUUUAUCUCACAAAUCCGAGUCCAAGCAAAUUCAUUGAUGGGAGUAGCAGCCGGUUAGGCAGUGACAAAACACAAUAA